GGAUAUUCCCCAUCCCCAUCCCCAUCCCCAUCGGCCACUACUACCUCUCCCCUCCAUACGAGCGCAGUGCAGUGCCAGUGCUUAUCCCUAAAAGAUCCCCGGCCGCCUCAUCUCCCCUCGUUUCCGAAUUACUCGAGUAGACACCCCUCAACCCUCGACCCCGAUAUCCUCAUCCUCGUCCUCGUCCGCGCUCCCGCUUGCAAGUGGCUGUGAUCUGAUGUGAUCCGACUUGGAAUCUGCAGGCACGCUACCAGGCAGUACCAAUCCUCUUACCAAUACUAGUACCAGUACCAGUACUUGACCACGACUUCGGCACAACGAUCAAGUGGCACACGAUUCCUCAUUCCUAUAUCGACGGGCUGCUCUCCGUUGGACGACAUCUCUUACUCUUCCCACCAUCUGGAUUCCCUCUCCCCCUCCCCCUCACCCCAAUUAUCUUGAGCAUCCCCACCACCGAAUAUACAACCCUUCAUUUCCCCGUAUUGGUACAGACAUUUCUUGUGGUUCCAAAUCUCCGGACCCAAAUGGAUUAAUAGGACUUCCGUCUAUUUCCUAUGCACCAUGAAAAUAUGCGGAAGCCAACACUCCCACCACCAGAGCUGGCUCAAGCCUCAUCACAUUUGCAGCCUUCAAGGCUGCCACUAAAUAUAGUCCAGAGGGGAGCCCCUCCGAACGCUACAGAACAACAUGUAAACGUACCUUUUCUUAGGAAAGAAGAUUCGAGUAGCAGCAAUAAUACUGGUGCUUCUCCGGGAAGAGCAGUUGAUAGGUGGUUCGAUCGAUCCAACGAGCGACCGGAAGCUGGCAUUCAUUCCAUGUACGGUGAUGGUAUGUAUAUCCUGGAUAUAUAGUUUUGGUAACCUCACUGAUCUCUGUGAGCAAGAUGAACCUCCAUAUCUUCUUAAUGACACCGGCUAUGCGAAUAGCACCAAUGGAUGCAGACCUCAAUAUUUUGACUCUCACAUUUCGUACAAUGGCAGCGAAUUUUCAGAAUUAAACAGGAUUGUGAUAGACGAUUUGACCGUCAAAAAUCGAAGAUUACGCGAGAGACUUCGAAAAUACGAGUCCCCAUACAAUCCCGAUUUGGACAAAGACAGGGCACUCGAAAUCAAAAUACAUCGACCUAUGCGUCCAAAACAAAGGAGGGCCCUUGAAGAAGCUCUUCGUAUAUUCGCCUCUAGUAUGGACGAUGGUGACAGUGAUUCCGAGCCCAAGCCAACAAAUCCGUCAGACUUUGCCAGGCCAACCUCUACGACAAAUCUUACGCAAUCAUCAUCGCAAUCGCCUCCAGGUCCUGCGGUUUUUGACAAUUCAAACUCAUCCACAAGGGCUUCGCCCAUAACGACGCCCGAAAAUGUGUUGCGGCCUCACUCUGGUGCAUUGCCAAAUUCGCCGAAAGACGGCCCAACUCGAGGUCGAGAUCCAAUUCUCCCUAGGGACCUCACUGAGCUGACGGAGAAGGAGAGAAAGAAAUUGGUGGUCCAACGUCUCGAGGCCCUCUUUACCGGGAGAGUGAUCGGAAUCGUUGGUGAUCACAAGCAUAUGCUUCAGCAACAAGAAAUAUCGCGGCCUGAAGAAGGCGCCCGUGAAGCAUUUAUCAAAGGACGAGACUCGGAUAAUGAAAGCACGCCCCCAAUGGAAUCAUCAUCAAGUGGAUCGGUGUCUGAGAUUUUUCGCAAAGACGAACAACGAUCCACCCAACCCUUAGAUCUCGACCCUGACCGCGCUCAGAUUCCUUCCGAGAACAUAGCUCAUAUCAAACACCUGCGGACUGGCCUCUCAACACCCCAGCUAGAGACGGAUUCUGACAGCCACCAGGAUGCCGAACAUGGCUCUCAGGGAUGGAUGUACCUAAAUGUUCUCUAUGGAAUGGCUCAGUUGCACCAUAUCAAUGUUUCAUAUGAUUUCAUUCAGUCUGCAGUUGCGGAGUUCAGCGAUAAGUUUCAGUUACAUCCUGACGGCAAAAGGAUUCGUUGGCUCGGGGGUACGACGGGUACUCAUUUGAGUAGUGAUAGCGAUAGCUAUGGAAGAGAGUCCAGAGAAGGGUCAGGUGAACCCAACCGAAAAUACCGAAAGCGGGCGCAAACACAAGGACAGUUCUCAUCGACUGCUAAACAGCCAAUUUCCGGAAGAUCUCACUAUCAGAAGUCGAAUCCGCUACACUAUAAGCCCUUGUUUCCCCACCCCAGGUCGGAUGUUUCGCCGUCACCAGACAAUUCCAGUGACUCCUCCUCGCCCAGAAGAAAUGGGAUGGAAUGGCAAGCCCAUUUUCGGAGUCAAAAAGGCUCAACCAAUAGCUCUGCUAGUAGCAAAAGAAGACGCGAGGAAGGUCCUAUUGUCUUUUACAGCGGGGCACAAUUUUGUACCGACUUAUCAGGUGAUCGCGGUGGCAUCUCGACACCUCUCCACGAUAGCAAGGUUGGUAACGAUGGGUUCAGCACCCGCACCACGGACGUUGUAGGGUCCUCUUCCGGCAAGAAUCUCCCGCGCACACCCUCCGGCUCUGACUUGCCCUACAGGCCAUUCAGAGCGUAUUCUAUGGCCUCGAAAAGUGCCCUAAGGGAAGAAACACGGCCGAGUACUGCGCAGCCAGAGGGGGAUUCCGAUCCUUUGGAGCUUAAUCUUACAAUCAAUUCUUCCUCUCCCCACAAGCAAUCAAAACUUCAUGUUCAGGACUUCCCUGCUUCGGGUUUGGGUGGUACUAAACCCGCGGAUCACUUCAGGGUGACCGUUACUACACGACGAAGAAAGACCGGCAUUGAAUCGACAAACAAGCGGAAAUUCCCUUCUAACCCUAAACCAAGUUGUCCAAGAUUUAUCCACACGAUUCUAAAGGAGGCGUUGGAUACGUUCCGUUACUCAGAGCAAGAACCAGCCACACAUAACUCGGAUUCACGUAGCGCCGAUUCGCCAUUUGUGAAGACAGAAAUUCUUUCUGCCCAUGCACAAUCGUUGAAACCCUCGCAAUUACCACCACCGACUGGAUAUUACGCUCCUUCUUCUUGCUCUUCUGAUGAGAGCAUGGGAUCCGAUUCGUCUUCCCGCUUGAGCGUCGAUGUCAACCACUCACUAGGUCGGGCGAUGACAGGUUCUAGGAAGCAGACUUUGGACAAUCAUAGUAUGAGAGAUUCUGCUGAAAAGAAUAAAGUGGAGGUUGACGACACAUCUCAAGAAGGUGAUGUAAGUGGUGAGGUUGAUGAUGAUGAUGAUGAGAGCAUCGAUAUGCUGGCCCACGCGCGGAAGGCUGAUCCUCAGACCGUAGCUGCGCAAGAACAGGAGUUCGAGAUGGAAGGUGGAUUAUGAUUUCUUUUGUUAAAAGUUUUUCAUGCAUGACUUUAACCAGAUUCCCCAAUCUGUAUUUACGAUAAGAUGGAUUUCUUGGCGGGAGUUUCGGGAGUACCUGAACACGGCGUUAUUGAAAAUUCAUUGUAAACUAUUAUUCACAGAGGAGGAACUGUGGAGUAGAUCUCGCCUUUGGUGUGGCGGCGUGUAUUUAUAUGAAGGGAAUUGAGUCUGGCCGCUAACUUCCCCAACAUGCAAUGAUGGGCAUGGUUGAUAGCAAUGCAGCUUUCUGCCGGAAUUUUGUAUACAUCUGGGGAUAGUUUAUUUACUGCAAUCAUGAACUCAUUAUUACAGGCUUUCUGGGACAAGGAAUGGGAC